GUCAAGCCCAGGAAAAGGGUCACCCUGACCUAUUUCAGAGCCCUGUCAGGUCCCAGAGGAGAAGCCAGAGGACUGUAUUCUCCCUAACAGACACACUCUACGGUAGAGUCUUUUGCAGGACAAGGACUUCUGGUCUGAAGCAGUGGGUGACAGGAGCUGCUCUAUCUCCAAAUCCAUCAUGGAACAGAUCAAUGGAUCUGUCCAGAUGGAGUGUGCCCUGCUGUACACCUUCCUGGAUGUAUCCUCUGACUGUAAGUUCAGAGCACAACUGCAUUCCCUGCAAAGCCAGGGGAUUGUGUCUUUGAAAGGCAGCUACUGCUACGAUGAUGAGGUGGAACUUCAAACUGAUGGCAACCGGAGUGGCCACAUGCAGAAUGGCGAGCCAGUGUUUGACCCUGAGGUAAAUGAAGAAGUUGUCCGGAUCAUUGCUGCUCAGCUUGCUGAGAUUGGAGACCAGUUUGAUAAAGAAAUCAAAGCAAGAGUAGUAAAUGAUCUAGUGCAGCAGUUUCUGAAUGAGAAUCUGUCUGGAGAGGAGAUAACCCGGCGCAUGUCAGAGGCCGUGGAGGGGCUUGCACGAGCCAUCCCUUCAGACAUGGAACAGGAGAAGGCCAUGUUGGUGCUAGCAAUGGUCUUAACUAAAAAAAUUGCCAAUACAAUGCCCUCCCUUCUACAGCGUGUCUUCAGGACCACUGUGAACUACAUCAGCCAGCAGCUCCACAACUACAUUGUCAGAAUGCUGCGUGAGUGAGCUCUCCAGCCUGCUGUGUGGAGAAGGAGGAUUCCCAAGGACUUUUUACUUUUCUUGAUGUAUGCAAAUCAUUUUCUGCUCUUCACUUCUGAAAUACAGCUCUGAAGAGGAAGGCAGAGCUUCAUAGAUAGGCUUUUGUAGACUAGCCCAGCAAUGAUGGUAGUGCGAGCUGCGUGCUGGCUCUGCCAGUUGCCUGUAAGGAGUAGUGCUUGCCCUCUCUCAUUUUACAGUAGUUUUUUGGUGUUUUUGUGGGGUUUUUUAAUCUUAGUAGUAGCAAGACUGUGCAGACCGUGGCUUGUGCCUUGAGGAAAUGCUGUAGGCACAGAAACUGCCCUCAGUGGGUUUUUUCCUAAUCAGUUGUAGCAUUUUGCUUUAGUUAAUUCUCUUCCCAGCCCUGUCCUGGUGCUGCAGCUGAGCCAAGCUGAGUGUUAAUUGUUCCCAGGAAGCCCUUGGGCUGUAGAAUGGGAGGUUGAUCAGCACAGAUCACCAAGGAAUGGGGAAAUCAGGUCUGUUUUAAGAGGGGAGCUGGCAGCAAGAGGGAGUAACCCCAAAGGAGAUAGGGGUGUUCGGCCAGGGAAGGCUGAAGUAAAGAUGCUUCAGUAUCAAUUGCCAUAAACUCAUGCUUGCUUGAAAAAAAAAAACUGCAUGAGAAACUGUAAAGAAAAGGACAAGGAUUACACACAGGGCAAAUUCAUUCAGGGGAUGCAACCUGGAUGUGCUUGAGGAAAAGUGUUUGGCUUUAGAAUAUCUUGCUAUAGAGAGAAAGAAGGUAUCAGCCUUGGAUCAGGAAGAAUACCUGGAAUCUCUUACGAGUGUAUUGCAAGUCACUUCUCAGGGUCAACAAACUUGGACUCAGGUUUUUUGACAUAAACCUGUGAUUUAAUCACACACAAGGUGGCAAAGGCUUCACCUGUGAUCCAGCUGCCUCAAAUUUUGAAAUGCUGUAAGUAUUUUGUGGGUUUUUUAACUUAAAUAAAAUUGUCAGUUCUCAUAGCAA